UGUGCAUUUCUUAUCUGCUACAGAAAAAGAACUUCCAUCACCCUCCCCCUUCUCCGAUUUUAUCUAGUAUCAUUGCUUCCCUUCCUCCCUCCCUCUCUCUCUCUCUGUCUGACCUCCUCACAGCUCCAGGUUGCUCUCGGUCUCCCAAGACUGUUUUCCAGCACAGCUCCGGAGAAGUGUUCACUGAUCCAUGACUGGGCAAAGAGCAGAGAAAACAGCAGAAUGAAGAAAGCCAAGAGAGCCCAGCAGGUUGUCAACAGUUCUCGUACCAGAGGCUAAACUCACUGCCCUGAAAGAGACCAGGCAGAAGAGGAAGUUGCUUCUCAGUAAGAAAGGAGGAGAAAACAAAAGAGAAACUUUGAAACUGGUUCCACUCGUGGUCUGAGCAUCCCUCCCUCCUGCACCCCCAUUAAAUGAUAGCACCGAGAAACAUGAGAUUUCCUUCUCGAGGGGUGGGAACAUGCUGAACUGGGGAGGAGUGGAGAAGGGCAGCUUUUAGUUUGUGGUGUAGUUUAUAGUGAGAUCCAAGAGAUAGAGCAGAGGUGGGAGGGAAAGGUGAAAGGGGAUCUGAUGCCUGCUGCCAAUAUGACAGAAACGCUCCAGCUCCCGGCAUUGCAGGUCCCAGAGCAACAGGUGCCAGAGUGCAGCCGGGCCUGGUCCAGUUCGUCCACCCCCACUCUGCGCAGGAGGCGCUUCAAGAUGAGACGGAUGAAGAACGUGCAAGAGCAGAGCCUGGAGGCUGGCGCGUACCAGGACUCUCCUUCGCCCAACAAAGAGUUCCUGCAACUCCCAUCCAUAGAAAUCACCCCAUCCAGUGACGAGGACACCCCAUGGUCGAAUUGCUCUACGCCCAGCGCCUCCCCACGGCGCAAGCGUGUCCUGCUGCGGAAGUGGUUGCGCGUGAGAGAGAAGAAGGAAUACAGUGAAAGCAGCAGCCAGCAGAGUAGCCAGCAAAGCAGCCAUGAUGACGAUUCAUCCCGAUUCCUGAGUCCCCGAAUGUGUGACGAAAGCACUGCCAGUAACUCGAACCGCAGCACGCCUGCCUGCUCCCCCAUCCUGCGCAAACGUUCCCGGUCUCCAACCCCACAGGACUCCCAAGUAGACGCCAUGGUGGAGAAAGGCUCAGACCACUCUUCAGACAAAUCCCCUUCCACUCCGGAGCAGUGUGUGCAGCGCAGCUAUUCCGCUCAGUCGGGCCGCAGUGGGGCCAAGAACUCCAAGAAAAGCCAGAGUUGGUAUAAUCAUGAGAGACAGCACAUCCGGAGAGUGUUGAGUCCGACGUAUAAACAGCGUAACGAAGACUUCAGGAAACUCUUCAAACAGCUUCCCGACACCGAGCGCCUCAUAGUCGAUUACUCAUGUGCGCUUCAAAGAGACAUUCUCCUGCAAGGCCGCCUCUACCUCUCUGAAAACUGGAUCUGCUUCUACAGCAACAUCUUUCGCUGGGAAACACUGCUGACAGUCCGUUUAAAGGAUAUCUGCUCCAUGACCAAGGAAAAAACUGCACGGCUCAUUCCUAAUGCCAUCCAAGUUUGCACUGACACUGAAAAGCACUUUUUCACUUCCUUCGGUGCCCGAGAUAGGACGUACAUGAUGAUGUUCAGACUCUGGCAGAAUGCUCUCCUCGAAAAGCCCCUGUGUCCAAAGGAGCUCUGGCACUUCGUCCACCAAUGUUACGGGAAUGAACUGGGGCUGACCAGCGAUGAUGAAGACUACGUGCCUCCUGAUGAUGAUUUCAACACUAUGGGCUACUGUGAGGAGAUCCCUGUAGAAGAAAAUGAAGUGAAUGACAGCUCCUCCAAGAGCAGCAUGGAGGCCAAACCUGAAGCUAGUCCUCUGCUGCCCAAGAAGUCCAUAACCGCCAGCACGUUGACUUCCACAGGGAGCAGUGAAGCGCCAACUUCAUUUGACGGGAUGCUUCCGGAGGAGGAGGAGUUGGUGGAGAGUCCCCUUGAGAAGGAACUCACUCUCGAAAACAUCAUUGGAGACAAGAUCGAGAUCAUUGCCCCGGUGAACUCCCCUUCCCUGGACUUCAACGACAACGAGGACAUUCCAACGGAGCUCAGCGACUCGUCGGAGACCCAUGAUGAAGGGGAAGUUCAGGCCUUUUACGAGGAUCUGAACGGCCGGCAGUACAUGAAUGAGGUGUUCAGUUUCAGCGUGGACAAACUGUAUGACCUGCUCUUCACUGACUCCCAGUUCCAGAGGGAUUUCAUGGAACAGCGUCGGUUCUCCGAUAUUAUCUUUCAUCCAUGGAAGAAGGAAGAAAACGGCAAUCAGAGCAGAGCAAUCCUGUACACAAUCACCCUCACCAACCCUCUCGCCCCGAAAACUGCUACUGUCACUGAGACUCAGACAAUGUACAAAGCCAGCCAAGAAAGCGAGUGCUACGUGAUAGACGCAGAGGUGCUAACUCACGACGUCCCCUACCAUGAUUAUUUCUACACCAUUAACCGCUACACGUUGACUCGUGUCGCCAGAAACAAAAGCCGACUCAGGGUUUCUACAGAGCUACGUUACAGGAAGCAGCCAUGGGGACUUGUGAAAUCCUUCAUCGAGAAAAACUUCUGGAGUGGCCUAGAAGAUUAUUUCCGUCAUUUAGAGAGCGAACUGACCAAAACUGAGAGCAUGUACCUAGCGGAGAUCCACAGACAAUCCCCCAAAGAGAAGAUGAGCAAGCAAUCCACAUUGCGCCGAAGGAAACGGCCCCACGCCCACCUGCGGGUGCCACACUUGGAAGAGGUGCUGAGUCCUGUCACCACCCCCACAGAUGAGGAGGUUGUGCAUCGCAUCAAGCAUGUGGCAGGUUCCACGCAGACGCGGCAUAUCCCUGAGGACAGUCCCAGUGGCUUCCAUCUCCAGAGCGUCUCCAAACUGCUGGUCAUUAUCAGCUGUGUUCUGGUGCUGUUGGUUAUUCUCAAUAUGAUGCUGUUCUACAAACUUUGGAUGUUGGAAUACACCACCCAGACCCUCACCGCAUGGCAGAGCCUGCGGCUACCGGAAAAGCUACCCCAGUCUCAGUCAGAAUGGGCUCAGUUGCUAGAGUCCCAGCAGAAGUAUCAUGACACAGAGCUACAGAAGUGGCGUGAGAUCAUCAAAUCCUCCGUGAUGCUUCUAGACCAGAUGAAGGAUUCACUAGUAAACCUUCAGAAUGGCAUCGGGUCACGCGACUACGGGUCGGAAGCAGAGGAGAAACGGAAGCAUUUCCACUAACAGAGGCGAACACAGGAGGCCAGAGGAUUGUGUGCAAUAUGUGUAUAUAGAUCAUAUAAAUAUAUAUAUACAGAAUAUAAAUAUAUAUAUAUAUAUUAUAUACAGAUUUUAAAAGAGGAAAAAAGCCUAUGUACUGAGGAGGAGAAGCGUGGGUGCAGACCUCCAACACUGGCUGAACUGGAGCGUCUCUGGGGUAGGACAGGAUGCGAUGGCGGGGCUGUGCUUUCCCAGCACUGAGGCACUGUCCGGGAGAGUGCAGCUCAUGCUUACCUGUUCCCAUGCACCUCUCUUCUGUGUAUUCCUGACUUUGUUUGCCUGUUUGUUUUAAAGGGAAGAAUUGGAGCAAAUGCCCCUCCUCCUCUCUCUUCCCACCUGAGGGUACCUGAAUGUUGAACAGGUAUUUAAAGGGGACAUUGUCAACUUUACCUUGCUCCAUUGAGGACGAGGAGGAUUUUGCUAGAAGACAUCAGUCCCUUGUGGGAGUAGCCUACUGAAUUGAGCAGGCUUUGAGCCAUGAGAGUUCUCUAGGAAACUACUCUCAUUCAGUAGUGAAUGGGGUUUGUUCUGAGCCCUCUGCUAGAAUGCUGUAGCAGGGGUGCAACUCGUCAUUAAACUGGCCAGCCUAAUUUUGCUAAGUAAAGCACAGAAACUGAACCAGAUUUUCUCAGUGAAACAUUUCACUUUUUAUUAAUAGAAGUUACAUUAAUGGCAAAGUAGAGGGGCGCUGACAUGGGUUGUUACUCAGUAUUCCUGGCUAAAUCCAGACCCUGGCAUAUCUCAUUGAAGUCAGUGAAUUUGGUCCUUUGGUUCUUUUUCACUUGACAACGUCCCCUUUACAUGCUGUUUUCCUCAACUCUCCAUGCGUUUGUGUUCCUGUCAAUGCGCCACCCCUGUGCUAAGGAGCUGCAGCUGUGCUGAAAGGGCUAUCUGUGCUCACUUCCCACUCAGAGGCAAGUAAAGCCUAGUGGCUCUGACUUGAUAGAACACCCUGUUGUUUUUUUUCUUGUUGCUCACUAUUUUUAAACCCCUUCUGUCAAAAAAGAAAAAAAAAGUGAGCUAGGUGAGGGCAUUUGGCAUGUACCAGUAUCUACUUACAUACAUCUUACCUCUGGUGGAAACUCACAAGGAGAGGGAGCAGCUUCCUUUUACAAAAAAGAGAAACCACAAUUGCAAUUAAAUGGAUUGAAUAGAUCUGUAUCAGGAAGCCACCCACCCUCCAGUUGCAUUGCUGAUCCCUGGAGAUGUUAGAAGUGGGGUGGAAGAAAGGCCCGGCCACACAGGUAAUAGUCAUUGUUAGAAAGAUGCUGUAAACAGGGGAAGUUUUGGUGCAUUUCCUGUUGUAUUGUGGCGAACCUUUUAGAAUGAGGGUAGGCCGGGGGUAUCAAUAGUGGCAGCUAUGGGGCAUCCACGCAGCAGGCAGCUUAGGCUGUUGCAUUUGUAUUUAUUUUGAAAGGUCAUUUAAACGAAUUGAUUUUUAAUGAUCGGGCAUUUUAACCCAGCAGAGGUCAAGAGAGGAAGCCUGAGGGGUGUGGUAUGUCAUGUCCUGGGCUCAGCAUGUUAGCUCGGCAGCUGGUGAGAUGUCUGUCUGGGUAUGAAUCCCACAGCAGAUGGGCAUGUUUUGUUGUGUCUUGGAGGAGCAGGAGAGGGACACAGCGCAGUCGCUGGGGACUUGAAAAUGCCAUACCUGAGCCCAUGACGUUUGAGCAAGCUUUGGUGACUGGAGGGGACUAGAAGCAAGGGCAAAGAUUUAGGAGUUAUUACUGGACGCACUAAACAAAUGGGAACCCAUCACGGUUAGAGCCUGAUCCUGAGGUACUGAGCACACACAAGUCACGCUGACAGCAGAAUGACACCAUGUCUUUAUGUUGUGCUUUGCAAAACUGGAUGAGUAUCAUUGUCCUUAUUUACAGAUGGGGAAACUGAGUCACAAAGCAGUGACAUGAGGUGUUUCACUGGUAGAGCCAGGAGUACAACCCCACGUCAUCAGUCUUGUGCACUAACCCACACUGCAGGUGAUCAGCAGCUCUCAGGAUCAAGCUCUGACAGUGGCACAUCCCUUUACGUGGUGAAAGGAUAGAGGGGAUUCGCGGUGGUGACUAACAUGCUUCCCCAUCUUGCCUUACCAAUUGGAUUAUUUGGUCUAUGGACCCUCUAUCUCCACCAUCUCUGACUCUGGAAGGAUUUUCUCAAGCAGGUGAGAUCACCUGACACAGCCCCGUGUAGGGGUAGUAUUGAGUACUGGGUGAUCUAGCAGAUCUGCUUCAUCUCUAGCUUCUGCAUGCGCUGAAAGAGCAAGGUGAGCAGCUGGCCCUUCCGGCACCAUAUCGCACUGGCCUAUGCAGCUCUAGAAGGCGUUUGACUAAGCCAUUUAUUACACACGCCUCCUAAAAAUGUGCUAGCUGCCUAGUUUGGCUGGGGAGGUAUUGAAGCUGUCUGGGGGGCAUGUUGGUGUCUUGUAUGACCGGGACUCUUAAAUUCAAACCAUGACUAUCUUAGCAGACUACCGGCGAAGGGGGAGAAAGAUAAGGCAAAGGACUAUAGACGAAAACAUGCCCAGGAACCUAGGGAAUGUACUGCUUUACAUAAUUUAUUGUAUUUAUACUUAUUUAUUUAACUUAAUGCUGCUUAAAACUGUACGUCUCCCUGGCAUUUCCUGAUGGAGCCAGAAGCUGUUGCUGAAAUGGGCAACGUAGAGUGAGCGUGAGCCCCUAGCACUGAGGAAAGAAGAGACCAAGGCUGGAAGUUGAGGCCGGUCAGUGCCUCCUGCUGUGAUGAGGAUGGGU